AUGGAAGAUGUCUUAAUUACGUAUAAGUUUCCUUUUUCAGAAUUUAAAGAAGCCUUUUCCUUAUUUGAUAAAGAUGGUGACGGAACGAUCACUACAAAGGAAUUGGGUACUGUGAUGCGAUCAUUAGGACAGAAUCCUACUGAGGCUGAACUGCAGGACAUGAUCAAUGAAGUUGAUGCUGACGGUAAUGGAACUAUUGAUUUUCCUGAAUUCCUUACCAUGAUGGCUCGCAAAAUGAAAGAUACCGAUAGUGAAGAAGAAAUUCGUGAAGCUUUUCGGAAUAUACUUUUUUGCACUCAAAUUAUUAAUUCUCCAAAUCUGUCUAAGGUCUUCGACAAAGAUGGUAAUGGAUUUAUAUCAGCUGCUGAAUUACGCCAUGUAAUGACCAACCUGGGCGAAAAGCUGACGGAUGAGGAAGUGGAUGAAAUGAUUAGGGAGGCUGACAUCGACGGUGACGGUCAAGUAAAUUAUGAAGAGUUCGUUACCAUGAUGACAACAAAGUGA